AUGCAGUCCCUCCAUUGCCCAUACAACGCAAUUCUUGCCCUAGCACAUGGUAGAACUGUCUGUAGCGAAAAGUUGGUGAUACAUAAGCGAUUGUUCCGUACUGAUAUAAAGAAAGAUCAAAAUUGGCUCACCAUUCCGAUGAAUCAGAUUAGAGAGGAGUUAUUGAGCAGUGAAGAGAAGACAAAUCUGUCAAAGUACGACAGUAAGAGACGGAAAAUGGCUAUGAAAGUGAAGAUAAUUGAGCCAUUGCUUAAAGAUCAAACUGCAGAUUUGAGAAUUUGGGAUAUGAAGAAAAAAUCUGGACCUUAUGUUUUGAAUAAUUCUUUGAAGACAAUUUGUAAGGAUAAUAAUUUCAAGCGACUUUGGGCUGUUCGAGUUGAUGGAGAAUUAGGGUUCGUGCUCGUCAAGCUUCAGGCAUGGAGAAUUAGGGUUUUCCAGUUAUUUUCUAGUCAUGUUUAA